AUGGAUGCACGCACAGAAGUCUCAGAUGCUACUGAGACAUCUUCACGACCACGAAUAGCACAGCUUCCUGCAAGCUGUGACCCUCCACAGCCUAAUGCUACAGUAAAGCAACUGGUCUGGGUGAUCUUUGGAGGCACAGGUCAAAUGGGCCACUCUCUUGUUAAAUGCGCGCUUGCACAUGGAGAUUUGGUGACAUCGGUUGGUCGCGUGUUUGAGACCAGCCUUCAAGACAUGGAGAAUAUCCAUGAGAACUGUCUCGGCGCGUUGUGCGACGUUCGCGCUCGUGAAUCUGUGAAUCGGGUCAUUGAGCGCACACUUCAGCGCUUUGGUCGCAUUGACAUUGUUGUUAAUUGUUCUGGAUACGGUGUUAUUGGCGCCUGCGAGGAUCAGGACGAGCACGAUAUACGCAACCAGUUCGAGACCAACUUUAUGGGCACGCUUCAUAUCAUACACGCUACUCUGCCUUAUUUCCGACGACAAGCCGCCGGUCGCUAUCUCAUCUUCAGCUCAACUUCUGGCGCGUUGGGUGUUCCUGGCUUGGGCCCCUACUGUGCGACCAAGUAUGCGGUCGAGGGCUUGAUUGAGGCCAUGCUCUAUGAGACGGACUCAUUCAACAUCAAAGCCACACUCAUUGAACCAGGUCACGUAAGGCCAGAAGGAGAACCUGAGAUGCAAGAUACAACGCUUCCUACAUCCUGGGGUCAUUUUCUUGUCAAGCCACCAAGCGAGACAUAUAGCCAUCCGACAUCGCCAGCCUUACAUGCGCGGCGAAUUGUCCAAUGGCUCGGCGACAAAUACCGACCCACGAGCGCUAUCAAAUGUGCGGAGCUAGUAUGGCAGCUUGGGCACUGCUCGUAUCCACCACUACGACUACUAUUAGGGAGCUAUGCGAUUGAAAGCAUCCGCGAUCGCAUGCGAUCUGUGACAGAAGAGUUGGAGGAUUGGAAACACCUCAAUUUUCCGGCUGGACCGGAGGAUGAGAGAGAGGCUGGUGAUGAGCCUACAGCGCCUGAUGCCGCCAAUGAGGCCACUUCAUGA